AUGGCAAUGGCAAUGGCAAUGGCAAUGAGCGCCCGCCGCCGCCCCCGCCCCCGCCCGCCCCUGGCUCUGCUGCUGCUCCUGGGCCUCCUGCCGCCCGCCCGGCCCCUCUCCGGGCCCGAGACGCGCCGCAGCUCGGUGCUGCUGGACCCCGCCUCGGGCCAGCUGCGGAUCGUGCCGGGCUGGGACCCCGCCGCCGUCGCCUGGGCCAACCUCACCGACCGGAUCCAAGACACGGGGUGGUCCUUCCUGGAGUUGGCCACCAGCGAGAAGUACAAUGACAGCCUGCAGGCCUAUGCUGCGGGACUGGCCGAAGCCACUGUGUCUGAGCAGCUCAUCUACAUGCACUGGAUGAACACCAUGGUGGGCUAUUGCGGCCCCUUUAAAUACCAGACUGUCUACUGCGAGAAGCUGAAGAGCUACAUUGAGACCAACCUGGCCUGGAUGGAGGAGCAAAUGGAGAAAGGAGAUCUGGAGUACUGGUACCAGGUGCGUCUGGCUCUGCUGCAGCUCAAGGGCCUGGAGGAUGGUUAUAAUGGGCGAGUGGCUUUCCCGACUGGACGGUUCUCAGUUGCCCCGUUUGGCUUCCUCUUGUUCCAGCUGGGUGGGGACCUGGAGGACCUGGAAUCAGCCUUGAACAGAACGGAAAGGAAGCACACACUGGGCUCAGGGUCUUGCUCCGCGCUCAUCAAACUGCUGCCAGGGAACCAGGAGCUCUUGGUCUCCCAUGACACCUGGAAUACUUACCAGUCCAUGCUGCGCAUCAUCAAGAAAUACAUGCUGCCCUUCCGGACCUCAGCCCACAGUGACGACAUGAUCUCGGGGCACAUCCAGACAUUCUCGUCCUAUCCCGGCACCAUCUUCUCAGGAGACGACUUCUACAUCUUGAGCAGUGGCUUGGUGACUUUGGAAACUACCAUUGGGAACAGCAAUGCUGCCUUGUGGAAGUACAUCCAUCCGGAAGGGAGUGUCCUGGAGUGGCUGAGAAAUAUAGUGGCAAACCGGCUAGCCAGGAGCGGGGCUGAGUGGGCUGCCAUCUUCCAGCAGUUCAACAGUGGCACGUACAACAACCAGUGGAUGAUUGUAGAUUAUAACACCUUCCUGCCAGGCAAAGCUGGCCUCCAGCAGGGGGUGCUCACGGUGCUGGAGCAGAUCCCGGGGCUGGUGGUCGUGGCUGACAAAACAGAGGAGCUGUACCAGAAGGGGUACUGGGCCAGUUACAAUGUGCCGUACUUUGAGCAGAUCUUCAAUGCCAGUGGCCAGCUGGAGCUGGUGAAGAAAUACGGCGACUGGUUCACCUACGACAAAAGCCCCCGGGCCCAGAUCUUCAGGCGCAAUCAGACGCUCGUCCAAGACAUGGACUCCAUGAUCCAGCUCAUGAGGUUCAACGACUUCCUGAAGGACCCACUGUCCCGGUGCCAGGGCUGCGACCCGCCCCAGAACGCCGAAAACGCCAUCGCCGCCAGGUCCGAUCUGAACCCUGCCAACGGGACCUACCCCUUUGCCGCACUGCGCCAGCGGUCGCACGGAGGCACGGAUAUGAAGAUCACAUCCUAUGCGAUGGCCAAGGGCUACAGCCUGAUUGCCGCCUGCGGGCCCACCUGGGACGAUGUCCCCCCUUUUCAGUGGAGCACCUCUCCCUACAGCAACCUGCUUCACAUGGGGCACCCCGACCUCUGGAAGUUCCCCCCCAUCAAGAUCUGGUGGGACUGAAGUGGAGACUGGAUCCCCUGGCUCAUGUGGUCGAAUGAGUUGGAGCAGGGGUGCUGAUGGUGUGUCUCAUCUCCCUCUCUGUCUCCGUAUAGUCUGGACUCUGGUCUAUCCCCUGUGGGGCUGCUCCAUCCCCAGCAGCAGUUCC